AAUAACGGUCGUAGACUCAUCAGAAACGAUAUCUCAGGAUCGCAGCAAGGGGCCUACUGAUGAAAAUGACCCCGAUCUGUUUUUCCCUGACAUCCAUCGACAGCGGGUGGCUGAUAGGUCCACUUCUCACGAUGAUUAAGACCCGUCGAUCUGUUCUGCGUGGCCCCAGACGGCAGAAAAAGAAAGCAAUUAUUGGUUCCCGAGGCCACAUAGUUAUUAGACUAACGGGUAGUAGUCAUGACGUGACGAUCCUUUCAAGACAUAUUCCCAAGGGGGGAUUGCAGAGACUCAAUUUUUUUUGCGGACUGAUAUAUUCAAGAUGCGACUGACCUUUUAACAGCUUUGCUCCUUACUUUCCGGUACCUUGUUUUUGAUGAUGGGCUUUGGCCGUCAUGUCGUUAUCACCAGAGGCCGUUGCUAAAUUACUAGCACAGCCAGCUCUGUCGCCUCCCUCUGGUGUCACGCCAGAUUUUGACAAUCCUCCAAACACUAAUGGCCUAGCAUGGUUUGUGACAACAUUUUGCAUGGUCAUUGCCACCCUGUGUAUUUUUCUUCGGCUCUAUUCGCGAUGUUGGCUUGAUAAAACGCUCCGUCUAGAAGAAGUUUUGAUGAUUGGCGCAUAUGGAGCAUACUGGGGCACGGCUUACGCUGGAUAUGCAUUAAUCUACGCCCCGGGCUAUGGCAUUCACACGUGGAACCUCCAUAAUAAAGAUCUGAUCCGGCCCCUCUAUCUUAUCCUCGUCUACGGCUGCUGUUACUCGUCGACACUUCCCCUGAUCAAGACUGCCAUUCUACUGGACUGGGGUCGGAUCUUCAUGCCCAUUGACAGGAGGAAAAACCUUUUCUGGUGGGGAUGCAUGACCGUCAUAGCCCUACAAUGUCUCUGGGGAAUGCUCUGCAUCAUCCUUCUGAAUGCACAAUGUCGUCCGCACGAGGCGAUCUGGAAAUUCUAUCUUCCCAGCAAAUGCUACUCACUGCCCUCCGUUAUGCUUUCCUCUGCCAGUGUGCAGGUGGUCUCUGACAUUGCCAUGUUUCUGCUCCCACAAAGAAUCAUUUGGAGGUUACAGAUGAACUGGCAGAAAAAGAUUGGUAUCUCGAUUAUCUUUGGAGUUGGUAUACUCGCGUCCGUUGCAGCAUGCUUGCGCCUUGCCCGUACGGUCGAUUUUGCCCGAAUGGCUGACACCAUGUACCUGAUUAGUCCUCUUCUCUUCUGGGCAUGCGCUGAAAUGACUUGUGGCUUUUUUAUUUUCAGCGUACCAUGUCUGUCCAAGAUCAUCAUAGCAUCGGGCAUGCCACGGAAGGUGAAGAGGGCUCUGGGCUUCAGUGGGCAAUCGAAAGGACCUUCGAAUGAAAAUCCCGAUCACUCUCCCGACUACGGAUCGCAUCCUGCCCGCAAGCCCUCCAAUCAUAAGCCUUGGAUGGCUCCGGACAGCACAUAUUCUCGGCUUGAAGAGGGCGGUAUCCAAUUAAAGACUCCUGGAAAGUCGGAAUCCCAAACAACUCUGCACGUCGGACCUCAAUCGCAUGAGCAGCAGCCACCUUUGCACGUGACGUGCACGUCGGACAUUAGUAUUGUUUCUGAGUCUCGCUCCCACGCUGGUAGUGAACGAGACGGCAAGGAUCAUUGGACACGAUAGACAUCACACCUGUUUAUAGCGUUCUAAAAAAGCUUCUGCGACCUUUUUCAAGUGAUUAUCUCCACAACCAGAAUCAUGACACGAGGCCUAAACGGUUCGACAAGCUGUCACGAGCAGCGCGAAUUUUUAAUGUACAGAAUAUCUCAUGUAUAAUAAUGCCAAAGAACGCAAAUAUAGUAGAUCCAUGAAGAAGCUCUCGAGUUUGGAGAUUCUUG